ACGGUUCAGAACAAUUAUAUAUAGAUGGGUUGAUACAGACACAAGAACAACUAAAUUUGAUAAGAUCAUCAACUACUUGCAUGUAGUCAAGCUGUUUUUGGUAAAAUAAGUAAUCCAACCGUGUAAAAGUAUGAUACAGACAAAAAUGGUUGAAAGCAUGCUGAUGUAUAACAAAACUUGCACACUUGGUUGGACCAUAGACCAUAGGUUAGGUUGGGUUACUCUGUCGAAACAUAAUAAGAAGAGAAAAUUUCUUGUAUAUCCUAAAUUUUCGCUAAUCAUUGCCCUUGGCACCUAAAUGUCGUUAAGUUUCAUUCUGAUCACUAGUUCACUACAUGCCCCUAGUCCGUUUUUCCAUGAGUUUGUUGGUAGUUUUAUUUUAAAUGACUAUAUUGCCCCUUGCUUACACCAUAAGUGCUGGCUUCUUCAAAAAAUCAUACUAAUUGUCAAUAUGAAAAUAAAGGAAAAUUGAUGAGGAAGAAUUAUUUCACCCAAAUUUAAAAUAAACAGCAAAUUCUACAACAAAUUUCAAUGAAAUUUUCAAAGGGAGAAAUUUACACAAAUCACAAAGAAUUUUUAGUUUUUUUUAUUUUAGUUAGACAGAAAGAGUUCUUAAUAAACUUCUACCAAUUUUGAAGGGAGAGAAAUUACGACCAACCACUAAAAGUUUAGGUCUUUCCACCCAGAAUUGGAAAAACAUUUUUUUCAUUUUAAUUGAAGUUUCAAUAAGCAUGGUUUUCACUAAUUUCUUGAAUCUCAUAAAAAUAAUUUUGAUUUGAAAUAUAUUGGAAUUUUAAAGUUUUGGAUAUUUGAGAAAUCCUAAAAAUUUCAUAUAACAAAAAAUUGCUUAAAGAGUUUGAAUUUUGGUGCAGAGGCUUACCAUAUCCAUCCGAGCGUGGGGUAAAUAACCACUCUUGGAAGAAAAAAAAAACUAACAUCAACACAAGAUCAUAUAAGGGAUAAAACAAAAUCUUAGGGCAAAUAGGAGUAGGAUAUGAAAUAAAAUUUAGGGGCCUGAACAGGAUUAGAUAAAUACUGCAGGGCAACUAGAAAUUUUCUCUAGUAUCUAUGUCCAAAGAAGUUCUCAACCUUUCUUUUAUUUUUGACAGCAAACCGCUGUACCUUUCCUUUUUUUUUUGACAGUAAACCGCUGUCAACCUGCUCAGCAGAUGAUCUAAGCUUGAUUUUUUGCUUAUGGCAAGUGGAAAACUGCAUAAGUCAGCGCAUCGCAACUAUGUGCUCUAGCUUGAAAUUAUUUGAUACAUUAACACAUUGGCGAAGACAAUGGACAACAUAAAGAAGCAAAUUUUGAUAGUUUACAACGUAUUAAUAAAAUAAAAAUAGACAGCUGUAACUUAGGACAUGAUCAAUCUAAGAAUGUUUUUUUUCCCUAAAAUAUUUGGCUAUUUACAUCUCACGGAGCAGAGAACGCUAAAAAAAUGUAUAAUAAAUUAUCAAACUCCUUGAUUACAGCAAAGAAAUGGUUAUGAAAAGGGCCAACUCAUAUGCAGGAGAAAAAAUAUAUAUCCUUUAAAUUAGUCUCUUAGUCAAAUUAUAUUUCCCAGGGCUUUAUUGUCGAUGCAAAUGUAAGACCUAUUUCAUUUGCAGCUGAGAUAGUUAGUCUUAUUUUAAGGUGUUUUCAUCUGCCUUCGUCAUAUUGUACAACUAAGUAAUAUUCUGUAGGUAAGCUUUCGACAUCUACUUCGUUAAGUUAAUUAAGCAAUACUAUGAAGGGAGUGGCUGGUAGCAAGCAAAUGGACCAAAUGAACUGUGGUGUUGCUGUCCGAAAUAUAAAGCCGUGUGCUCAUGGAUCAUUAGAGCUUCCAUCUUGUCCUGAAUUACACAGCUUUGAAUUGCAGCUCGCAGCAAUGGCUUCCUCCCAAAUUGUCUUGUCCCCAGGCCAUGGCCUGCUUCUUUUUCCCCUCAAAUUCCUCUUCUUCCUUCCACUGGUCCUCACCGGUGGAACCGAAGAUGAUCGACAAGCUCUCCUUUGCUUUAUGUCCCAACUCUCAGCUCCAUCCAGAGCUUUGGCCUCAUGGAGCAACACAUCCAUGGAGUUCUGCAGUUGGCAGGGCAUCACCUGCAGCUCCCAAUCUCCUCGCCGUGCGAUCGCCCUGGACCUCUCAUCGCAAGGCAUCACAGGCUCCAUACCACCUUGCAUUGCCAACCUCACCUUUCUCACAGUGUUGCAACUGUCAAACAAUAGCUUCCAUGGAAGCAUACCAUCUGAGCUUGGCCUCCUAAACCAACUGAGCUACCUCAACCUCAGCACGAACUCUUUGGAAGGUAACAUCCCAUCUGAGCUCUCUUCAUGUUCCCAGCUUAAAAUUCUUGACCUUAGCAACAACAAUCUCCAAGGGAGCAUCCCUUCUGCUUUUGGGGAUUUACCUUUGCUACAAAAACUAGUCCUUGCCAACAGCAGGCUUGCAGGUGAAAUACCAGAGUCUUUAGGAAGCAGCAUAUCACUCACAUAUGUUGACCUUGGAAACAAUGCUCUCACAGGGAGAAUCCCAGAGUCCUUGGUAAAUAGUUCAUCUCUACAAGUGCUUAGGCUCAUGAGAAAUGCCCUUAGCGGACAACUCCCAACUAAUCUGUUCAACUCGUCGUCUCUUACUGACAUUUGCCUCCAACAGAACAGCUUUGUUGGUACUAUACCACCUGUUACUGCCAUGUCUUCGCAAGUCAAGUAUCUUGAUUUAUCUGACAACAAUCUCAUUGGAACAAUGCCUUCCUCACUAGGAAACCUUUCUUCGCUAAUCUAUCUUCGUCUUUCACGAAACAUUUUACUCGGGAGCAUUCCAGAGAGCUUAGGACAUGUCGCAACACUUGAGGUGAUAUCCUUGAAUAGCAACAAUUUGUCAGGGUCAAUACCUCCAUCUCUCUUCAACAUGUCCUCUCUGACAUUCCUUGCCAUGACAAAUAACUCACUCAUUGGAAAAAUUCCUUCCAACAUCGGCUACACUCUCCCAACUAUUCAGGAAUUGUACUUGUCAGAUGUCAAGUUUGAUGGUUCAAUCCCAGCUUCACUUCUCAAUGCAUCAAAUCUACAGACUUUUUACCUGGCAAACUGUGGCCUAACUGGGUCCAUUCCACCGUUAGGGUCAUUGCCAAAUUUGCAGAAACUUGAUUUAGGAUUCAACAUGUUUGAGGCAGAUGGAUGGAGCUUUGUCUCUUCACUCACUAAUUGCUCUAGGUUGACUAGACUGAUGCUGGAUGGGAACAAUAUCCAAGGGAACCUGCCAAAUACUAUUGGAAAUCUUUCUAGUGAUCUACAGUGGUUGUGGCUAGGCGGCAACAACAUUUCUGGGUCUAUACCACCAGAGAUUGGUAAUCUCAAGGGCCUCACUAAGUUGUACAUGGAUUGCAAUCUUUUGACUGGAAAUAUACCACCAACAAUUGAAAAUUUACACAACUUGGUCGAUCUAAAUUUCACACAAAAUUAUCUCUCAGGAGUGAUCCCAGAUGCUAUUGGAAAUCUUUUGCAACUGACUAACCUGAGACUAGAUAGGAACAACUUUAGUGGAAGUAUACCUGCAAGCAUAGGCCAGUGCACUCAACUUACAACACUCAACCUUGCUUACAACUCAUUAAAUGGGAGCAUACCGAGUAAUAUCUUUCAAAUUUAUUCUCUUUCUGUUGUUUUGGAUUUGUCACACAAUUACUUGUCUGGAGGUAUUCCAGAGGAAGUUGGCAACCUCGUUAAUUUGAAUAAACUCAGCAUCUCAAACAAUAGGUUGUCAGGUGAAGUUCCAUCCACUCUAGGCGAAUGCGUGCUUCUAGAAUCUGUUGAGACGCAAAGUAACUUCCUUGUAGGAAGCAUUCCACAAUCUUUUGCAAAGUUGGUGGGCAUCAAGAUAAUGGAUAUUUCUCAGAACAAGUUGUCAGGAAAAAUCCCUGAGUUCCUCACAUCCUUUAGCUCUGUAUACUAUCUCAAUUUAUCCUUCAACAACUUCUAUGGAGAAAUUCCAAUAGGGGGUGUGUUCAGCAAUGCUAGUGUGGUAUCCGUCGAAGGAAAUGAUGGUUUGUGUGCGUGGGCUCCAACAAAAGGUAUACGUUUUUGUUCAUCUUUGGCUGACAGGGAAAGCAUGCACAAGAAGUUGGUUCUAACACUAAAGAUAACUAUACCGUUUGUUAUUGUUACUAUCACACUAUGCUGUGUUCUAGUGGCACGUUCGAGAAAGGGGAUGAAACUAAAGCCACAAUUGCUACCAUUCAAUCAACAUCUGGAGCAGAUUACAUAUGAAGACAUUGUGAAGGCUACAAAAAGUUUUUCUUCUGACAACUUGAUUGGAUCAGGAUCAUUUGGCAUGGUUUACAAGGGCAAUCUCGAAUUCCGACAAGAUCAAGUUGCCAUCAAGAUAUUUAACCUUAACAUAUAUGGAGCAAAUAGGAGCUUUGUUGCAGAGUGUGAAGCCCUACGAAAUGUUCGCCAUCGAAAUAUCAUAAAAAUCAUCACUUCAUGCUCUUCAGUGGAUUCUGAAGGGGCAGACUUUAAGGCCUUAGUAUUUGAAUACAUGAAGAAUGGGAACCUAGAGAUGUGGUUACAUCCAAAGAAACAUGAGCAUAGUCAAAGGAAUGCCCUAACUUUUAGCCAAAGAGUCAAUAUAGUCUUGGAGGUAGCAUUUGCUCUGGAUUAUCUUCACAACCAUUGUGUACCUCCACUAAUACAUUGUGACUUGAAGCCAAGCAAUAUUCUUUUGGAUCUUGACAUGGUUGCAUAUGUCAGUGACUUCGGUUCAGCAAGAUUUCUAUGCCCAAAAUCAAACUUGGAUCAAGAGAGUGUAACAAGUUUGGGUUGCCUUAAAGGAACAGUUGGAUACAUCCCACCAGAAUAUGGCAUGAGCAAAGAAAUAUCAACAAAGGCCGAUGUUUAUAGUUUUGGAGUGAUUCUAUUAGAAAUGAUAACAGGUAUUAGCCCAACGGAUGAAAUUUUUAGUGAUGGCACAAGCCUGCAUGAACUUGUUGCUGGAGAAUUCGCCAAAAAUUCCUACAAUUUAAUUGAUCCCACCAUGCUACAAGAUGAAAUAGAUGCAACUGAAAUAAUGAUGAAUUGCGUUAUUCCAUUGGUGAGAACAGGACUCUCUUGCUCAGUUACUUCUCCCAAAGACCGAUGUGAAAUUGGCCAUGUUUGUAGUGAAAUCCUUAGAAUCAGGCAUGAGUUAUCAAAGAUAGAUGGUGAAUGAAAAAAACAUUGAAGUACUGGCAUGAUAUCCAGUACCCUGCUGUUGAGUUCCAACAUGGUCUACAGAUCAAUUAAACUUUGAUUUCAUUGUUUUUUUUU